AGAUCCAUCUGUCUGCCUCCCAAGUGCUGGCACUAAAGGCGUGUGCCAUCACCACCCAGCUAGGAUAUCUGAUGUUAGGUUGGGGUCCUUGACCCAUUUGGAGUUGAGUUUUGUGUAAGGUGAGAGAUAAGGAUCAAGUUUCAUUCUUCUACUUUAGCUAUCCAGUUUGACCAACACCAUUUGUUGAAGAUGCUUUGUUUUCUCCAUUGUGCAUUGUUAAUAUCUUUGUCAAAAAUCAAGUGGCUUUAGGAGUGAGAGUUCACAUAUAAAUCCUCAAUUUAUUUUUCAUUUUUCAGUGUGUUUGCUUUUUAUGCUAUUGCUAUGCUCUUGUUGCUAUAACUCUAGUAUAGCUUGAAAUCUGAGGUGAUACCUCUAGCCAUUCUUUUGUUGUUUGGGAUUGUUUUUGCUAUUCUGUGGGGUUUGGGGUUUUUUGUUGUUGUUGUUGUUGUUCCAUGUGAAAUUUAAGAUUGUUUUUCAAAUUCUGUAAAUAAUUGUUUUGGAAAUUUGAUGCGGAGUGUGCUGAAUAUAAUAUGAAUCUGCUUUUGGUAGGAUGGUCAUUUUCACAGUAUUAAUCCUAGCAACCCAGGAGUGGUCUUCCCAGUUUCUUCAAUACAUUUCUUCAGUGUUGAAAAAUUUUUUGUUUUGUUUAAUCUAUAUUUUCUUCCACACACUAUAUUAUUAUUAUAGUCUUUUACCUCUCAGAUAUGCCUUCCCGCCUCUCCCACCUGACUUUCAUGUUCUUUCAAAAUAACAAAGACAAAGCACACAAGAAACAUGGACUCCAUAUUGUGUUGGCUAACUCUUCCUGAGCAUGAGAUUUGCCCUGGAGUUCAGAUGAUAUUAUACAGUGUCAUUCCAUUGAAGGAAACUCGUAUUUCCUCUCCCAGUGGUCAGGAAUUACAGAUAGUUUCUUGGUAAGGGGUGGAACUUUGUGCCCACUUCCCCUCCCCUAUGCUGGGAUAUUUUCUCGGUUGAUUUUAUGGAGGUCUUGUGCAUGCGUUCAGUCUCUGUAGAGGUAGAGGAUUCUCACAUCUGGUCUUCAGGAGCCUGUGCGAGGUGCUCAGUACUUUUCAUCAGGCAGUGAGUGCUGCUGGAAUUGGCAGUGUGAGUCUUGGAUUGCUGCCUGGUAUGAGGUCCAGAAGGCAGGCAUUCAGGAUCCUUAGGACUUGCUGUGGAUCUCAUAGUUCAAAGAAAUGAAGGUCUGAACAAGUGUCAGAAUCCAACUCACUUCAGGAAGAGUUCAAGCUUACAGCUUUCUUCAGCUGUCAAAGGAAGGAGUCUCUCUCAAAAGCCCAUAGACUAAAGCCCAGCUUCAUAUUCUCAAUCUUCAUAAACUUUGUUGCUAGGUUGGGCUUUUUAAUCAUGCUUGCGGCAGAAGUACAUUGAGAUUUUCCCUGUUGUCUUCGAUGAAAGGAAUAAUGCUGUCAGCAUGUCUUCACACUCCAUGCUCUCUGAAAGAAUUGCCAUAGCCAAGGAACUGAUCAAGAGAGCAGAAUCCCUUUCUAGAUCAAGAAAAGGUGGCAUAGAAGGUGGCGCAAAGCUGUGUAGCAAACUGAAGGCCGAGCUAAAAUUCUUACAGAAAAUAGAGGCUGGGAAAGUCGCUAUUAAAGAAUCCCACUUACAGAGCACAAACCUAACACACUUGAAAGCCAUCGUGGAAUCGGCAGAAAACCUGGAAGAAGUUGUCAGUGUUCUUCGUGUGUUUGGCUACACAGACACCUUGGGAGAGAAGCAGACUCUUGUGGUGGAUGUCGUAGCAAAUGGCGGUCAUACGUGGGUCAAGGCUAUUGGCCGGAAAGCCGAAGCGCUGCAUAACAUCUGGCUGGGCAGGGGCCAGUACGGCGACAAAAGCAUCAUUGAGCAGGCCGAAGACUUCCUGCAGGCCAGCCGCCAGCAGCCGGUGCAGUAUAGCAACCCUCACAUCGUGUUUGCAUUUUACAACAGUGUCUCUAGUCCCAUGGCAGAGAAGCUGAGAGAUAUGGGCAUCUCUGUCAGAGGGGACAUCGUCGCAGUCAACUCUCUGCUAGGCCCACCCGAAGAGCUGCAGCUGAGCGAGAGCGAGCCCGACGAUGAGGACGAAGAACUUCUGCGGGUGACGAGAGUGGACCGAGACAACGUCCUGGCGCACGUUGCAUUUCCCACCGAGAUCAAGGUGGACGUGUGCAGAAGAGUCAAUCUGGACAUCACUACUUUAAUCACGUAUGUAUCUGCCAUGAGCUAUGGAGGCUGCCACUUCGUCUUCAAAGAGAAAGUACUCACAGAACAAGCCGAGCAGGAGAGGAGAGAGCAGGUCUUGCCUCAGCUGGAAGCGUUUAUGAAGGACAAGGAGUUGUUUGCCUGUGAAUCUGCUGUCAAGGAUUUUCAGUCUAUUCUAGACACCUUAGGGGGACCCGGAGAGAGAGAGAGGGCCACUAUGCUAAUUAAACGAGUCACUGUGGUCCCAGACCAGCCUUCUGAGCGUGCCUUGAGACUAGUGUCAAGUUCAAAAAUUAACAACCGUUCAUUAACGAUUUUUGGGACAGGAGACACCCUGAAAGCCAUCACCAUGACUGCCAAUAGCGGCUUUGUCAGAGCUGCCAACAACCAGGGCGUCAAAUUCAGCGUCUUCAUACAUCAGCCCAGAGCGCUUACUGAGAGCAAAGAGGCCUUCGCCGUGCCCGUACAGAAAGAGCUCCCCAGUGACAGUGCACACUAGUGGUUCCUUUACAUGUUGUCAUGGAAAUACAUUAUUUAUACCAAAGGCUGGCCUUCCCGUCUAUAUUGAGAGAACAAAGUUUAUAGUAAAAAUAAUAUUUAGAACUCAUAUGUUUAAGUAGGCAUUUCUUGUGUUUUGUCUGUUUAAGGUCUAUGAAUCUUACUUAUCUGCAUUAUAUCACAAGCUCCAUUAUAGCAGGGAAGAACAGAAAUGCGGCUGCAUAAGGAUUUUAGCAAUCUUGUGAUGCUUUCAUUUGCCUCACUGGGGCUGCAGCCCCCACCACAGGCAAUUGCAUUUCAUGGAAUAUGGCUACAUUGAUUCUUGAAUUCAUUAAAUAAUCUGGAGAAAACUCUGA